AUGGUAUUUUACACGGGGCGCUUUGGGCAUUUACCUGCGAAAUCAUGCCCCGGAAGCCCCGUCCCUACCGGCCCAAGACAAGAGGUCCGAUUGAACUCCACCCCAGGGUACACCCCUAACACCAGAUUUGAACUAAUCCCAGGCUUUACUUCGAACAUAGGCUGCUUUGAGUGCUCAAAACGGAGGAUAAGCUGCGAUCGUACCGAGCCGCAAUGUGAGAAAUGCCAAUCCAGAGGCCUAAGGUGCAGUGGGCUCGGCAUUCGACACCGCUUCAGCGAUGGUAUCGCUGCCCGGGGCUUCUGGGUCGGCAAGACAAUCCAGGAAGUCUUUGAGGGGCGAGAUGCCGAACGACAAGUAAAAGCGUCAUCCCUGGAGCGGAUAUCAAAGCCAUGCCCGAACAGCGCGAAGCUGUGCGGAGAACUUGGCAGCGAGGAACAUUUCCCGCAGGACAACGAUCAAGGACUGGGUCAUGCGGAUAUCCCGGCCUCUCCCAGCGAAAUUAACGUCGAUGAUAACGUCGAUGAUAACGUCGAGUCUACGGAGGAUGUAUCAAACAGUGAACCUCUCCUCCAGAUGCAGAGGCCACAGGAAUUCGCUCAGUCAAGAAAUAUAGCAACAACGGGGAUAGCACAGAAACAUAGCUGUCUGAGGGUUCAGCCGUCACCUGCCAAAGUCGCAUCGUGGGCGCUGCCUCUUCUUCUUCACUUCUCCGAUCAUAUCGCCGGGGAAAUGGUAGCGAUAGAUGGCUUGCACAACGGGUGGAGGCAUCUGGUCCUGCCCAUUGCCCAUCUAGAUCAAUUGGUACUAAACUCAGUGUUGACAGUCGCCUCCUUCCAUCGAUACGGGCAACACUUAUCUCAACCAAAGAACCUGGAUGUCCGUGAGGAUUCCCUUCCAGUACCGCCGGGCCUGUCAUAUCAGCUAUCUACAAACGCCAACCCUCCUGCAUCUCAGCUGUACACUUGGACAAUUGCAGAUCUGCAACGCCGAGAUCUCGGACAUAGCGAUCAAUCCUCUAGACUUUCCAUCUUACUCGCCAUCCUGGUGCUGUUGGUGGCAGUCAUGGUCACAGGUUCAGAUGACUUCCCGCUACUAUUUCGCCUACCUGAGUCCGCACUCGAAGCCAUCGGGGGAGAAGACAGCCUGGGCGAAGACGAGCUGUCACGGUUUAUCGUCCGCCAAGUUCACAAAAUGCGGGUAUACGCUACACCGCUGAUCAAUGAGCAGUGGGGCAUCACAACACUGAGCACACACCAGAACAUCACGCAGGCAUUUGAAUGCAUCCGGCACUGCUCUCAGCACCAGCCAGAGCACUAUCCGAUUACGUCGUUGGUCAUGAGUCUCAUCCAGCAAUCCUACGACAUAUAUCUCGACCAAGCGCAUCGUGAUAUACUGUCGGCAGCUUCCGGUAGCAACAGCUUUCCACAGUUCGCCGAGUCUAUCUGCCGGGUUCAACGAUUCAAGGAGACGUUUGAAUCUUUCCCUGCUGACUCGCCCGAGCAUAAAUCAUUCUUCCGGGACGUCUUCGCAUCUUUCUACAAGCGCAGCGGCUUUGAGAAUCUUCGCAAAGGCAUGGAUCAACUUGAACGAGUCUGGAAAAGGAGAGCAUUGGGCGAUAGAUGGAUCUCAUUACUGCCACAAGCUAAAGUAUUCAUCAUGUGA